AUGUAUUGUAUGAUUUUGACUAAAUACGGUAGUGCGUAUUGCGCAGAUUUGCAUCAACAAACUACACUGGCAUUCAUUACAGCCUUAUUUCUCCCAUUAAAAGUAUGCCGGUACAAGGAACAAAGGAAACAAAAACGGUGUUUGCUUGUAGUUUUAAUAAAUGUGACGAGUGUGUUUGAAUUCAUCGAAGAGCUUUGUGAUUGCAUCUUAUAA